AUGAUGAAUGUUGGAAUCCUCAUUUUAAGCCUGUUCUUCACUACCGGUGAGGGGUAUCCAGCCGAGAAGAAACAGUAUCAGAUUCAGAAUGGACCCUGCAGCUACACGUUUCUUCUACCGGAGCCGGAGUCAUGCCCCCCAAGCAGCUACAGCGACCAGGUGCAGAAAGACGACCCGGCUGAUUACGAACAGUCACUGCAGAAGCUGGAGUUGCUGGAGAACAUCAUGGAGAACAACACUCAAUGGAUUCUCAAGCUGGAAAGCUACAUCCAGGAGAACCUUAAACAAGACAUGGCCCAGUUUCAGCACGACGCAGUACAGAACCGUACAGCAACCAUGAUUGAGAUUGGAGCCAAUAUUCUGAUUCACUCAGCCGAGCAGACACGAAAGCUUACCAGCGUUGAAGCUCAGGUAAUAAACCAAACAACUCGACUUGAACUUCAGCUCCUCGAGAAUUCAAUUUCAACAAAUAAACUGGAAAAAGAGAUUCUCGUGCAGACAAAUGAAAUUAAUCGUCUUAAUGAGAAAAACAGCUUCCUAGAAAAGCGUAUGGAGGACAUGGAGGGUCAAAGGCAGGCUGAAUUAAAGAGUCUGCAAGAGGAGCAGGAGCAACUCAAGAAGCUGGUGGAGACACAGAAAAGCUUUAUUGAAGAACUGAAGCAGCAGUUACAGCGUGCCACGGCUGAUAACACGGCUCUGCAGAGACAGCAGCAUGAGCUGGAGAAGACCGUCAACAACCUCAUCCACAACAUUGCUGUCCCCACCCCUGGUAAACCAGUAAUGAUGCAAGACACACCGUCACAGUACAAAGACUGCUCUGCAGUUUUCAAGUCCGGAAACAAAGAAAGUGGAGUCUACACACUUACAAUACCCAACACAAAAGAGCAAAUAAAGGCUUACUGCGACAUGGAAACAGAGGGCGGUGGAUGGACAAUAAUGCAGAGAAGAUUCAAUGGCCUUGUUGACUUUUAUCGUACGUGGAAAGAGUAUAAAAUGGGUUUUGGAGACAGUUCAAGUGAACACUGGCUGGGAAAUGAAUUAAUUUCCAAACUGACCAAUGAGCAGCAGUAUGUCUUACGGAUAGAGCUUAUAGACUGGGAGGGAAAUAGAGCUUUUUCACAGUAUGAUCAAUUUUCUCUUGGCAAUGAAGAGCAGAACUACAGGAUACACCUUAAAGGCUACAGUGGAACAGCAGGCAAAAUCAGUAGCCUUGUCCAGCCAGGAAGUGAUUUCAGCGCUAAGGAUGUCGACAAUGACAAAUGUGUAUGCAAGUGUACACAACUAACAACAGGAGGCUGGUGGCUCGAUGCAUGCGGCCCUUCAAACCUCAACGGUGUAUACUAUCAACACGGACAGCACACCAACCGCUUCAACGGCAUCAAGUGGUACUACUGGAAAGGCUCGGGAUAUUCACUAAAAGAGACCACUAUGAUGAUCAGACCAGUGGACUUCUGA